AUGUUCGCAGCAAAGCCCACCAUUCGAGAAAUUCGUCAUGCCGCGGAGAGCCCGUAUCGCGCACAGGUGCUGUCGUGGUACCGACGGUGUUUGCGUGCCGCCUUCUCGGUGCCAUGGAGCUCCGACGAGGACGCCUUGUAUGUGUUGGAGGAGACGCGGCGUCUGUUUCACCAGAAUCGUGGUAUUCGCGAGGUGGAACGAAUUGAGCGCAAGCUGCGCGAGGUAGAGAUGCGGUACGAGAUGGCACUUCACUACAACAUCCCCUACCCAAGACCCUUUAACAAGAUGCAGGGCUCAAUGCAGGAAAGUGGAGUGCCGUAUGCACCCUACCUCGACUCCGCCUACGAUCAUAUGGUCAACCCCAAUAUCGGUGUCAACGCCGAAGGGAGUGCAAAUCUAGGGAUAAUGGGCGGGUUAGAGAAGUCGAGCUACUACUUCGAGGAUAACAUUGGCGAGGCAGACGUGGAUGGCCGAACAAAUCCCUACGACACCGAGGCGGAACCACCAUCCACCGUUCGCUGA